CGCGCCUUUCAAGGUAGGGGCACUUUUCCCGCCCGGCCAGGAGGCGUAACGCCCUGCGCAUUGUGAUGACGACAUUUCGGCGCCGGGUCGCCGAAUGGCGGCUUCCAUACCUGAGGCAAGUGGUGAUAGGGGUCCCACAGUGGUUUCCUAAGGCAAUCAUUUUUGACUCUCCACAGGAGGCUACCAUGGCAUUCCCUCACCUGCAGCAGCCCAGCUUCUUACUAGCUAGCCUAAAAGCUGAUUCUAUAAAUAAACCUUUUGCACAGAGGUGCCAAGACCUGGUGAAAGUCAUUGAGGAUUUUCCAGCAAAGGAGCUGCACACCAUCUUCCCAUGGCUAGUAGAGAGCAUCUUUGGUAGCCUGGAUGGCAUUCUCAUUGGCUGGAACCUCCGCUGCCUACAAGGGCGUAUGAACCCUGUGGAAUACAACAUUGCAAUGGAAUUUCUAGACCCUGGUGGCCCAAUGAUGAAGUUGGUUUAUAAACUCCAAGCUGAAGACUAUAAGUUUGACUUUCCUGUAUCCUACCUCCCUGGCCCUGUGAAGGCAUCUAUCCAGGAGCGUGUCCUCCCCGACAGCCCUCUGUACCACAACAAGGUCCAGUUCCCCCCAACUGGGGGCCUUGGCCUGAACCUGGCCCUCAAUCCAUUUGAGUAUUACAUAUUCUUCUUUGCCUUGAGCCUCAUCACUCAAAAGCCACUACCUGUGUCCCUCCAUGUCCGUACUUCAGACUGUGCCUAUUUCAUCCUGGUCGACAGGUACCUGUCGUGGUUCCUGCCCACUGAAGGCAGUGUGCCUCCCCCACUCUCUUCCAGUCCAGGGGGGACCAGCCCCUCACCAGCUCCCAGGACACCAGCCAUGCCCUUUGCCUCCUACGGCCUUCAUCACACCAGCCUUCUGAAGCGACACAUCUCUCAUCAGACAUCUGUGAAUGCAGACCCUGCCUCCCAUGAGAUCUGGAGGUCAGAAACUCUCCUCCAGGUUUUUGUUGAAAUGUGGCUUCAUCAUUACUCCUUGGAGAUGUACCAAAAAAUGCAGUCUCCUCAUGCCAAGCUGGAGGUUCUGCACUACCGACUCAGUGUCUCCAGCGCCCUCCACAGCCCUGCCCAACCCAGCCUCCAGGCCCUCCACGCCUACCAAGAAUCAUUCACACCCACUGAAGAGCAUGUGUUGGUGGUACGCCUGCUACUGAAGCACCUGCACGCCUUUGCCAACAGCCUGAAGCCAGAGCAGGCCUCUCCUUCCACCCAUUCUCAUGCUACCAGCCCCCUGGAAGAAUUCAAACGGGCCGCUGUCCCAAGGUUUGUCCAACAGAAACUGUACCUCUUCCUACAGCACUGCUUUGGCCACUGGCCCUUAGAUGCGUCCUUCAGAGCUGUCCUGGAAAUGUGGCUGAGCUACCUACAACCAUGGAGGUAUGCACCUGAGAAACAGGCUCAGAGCAGUGAUUCCCAGCCCCGAUGUGUGUCAGAGAAAUGGGCACCCUUUGUCCAGGAGAACCUUCUGAUGUACACCAAGUUGUUUGUGGGCUUCUUGAACCGUGCUCUCCGCACAGACCUGGUCAGCCCCAAGAAUGCACUCAUGGUGUUCCGAGUGGCCAAAGUCUUUGCCCAGCCCAACCUGGCCGAAAUGAUCCAAAAAGGUGAGCAGCUAUUCCUGGAGCCAGAACUGGUCAUUCCCCACCGCCAGCACCGGCUCUUCACAGCCCCCACAGUCACUGGCAGCUUCCUGUCACCGUGGCCACCAGCUGUCACUGAUGCCUCAUUCAAGGUGAAGAGCCAUGUCUAUGGCCUGGAGGGCCAGGACUGCAAGUAUACCCCAAUGUUUGGACCUGAGGUUCGGACCCUGGUCUUGCGCCUCGCUCAGCUCAUCACGCAGGCCAAACAGACUGCUAAGUCCAUCUCUGACCAGUGUGUGGAGAGCCCAGCUGGCCACUCAUUCCUGUCAUGGCUAGGCUUCAGCCCCACAGAUCCAAAUGGCCUAUACCCAGCCAAUGACCUGGAUGAGAUGGGCCAGGACAGCAUCCGGAAGACAGACGAGUACCUAGAGAAGGCCCUGGAGUACCUGCGCCAGAUAUUUCGACUCAGUGAAGCCCAGCUUGCCCAGCUCACGUUUGCCCUGGGGACCACACAGGAUGAAAAUGGGAAAAAGCAGCUCCCAGAUUGCAUUGUAGGGGAUGAUGGACUCAUCCUCACUCCUCUGGGCCGCUACCAGAUCAUCAAUGGAUUGCGAAGAUUUGAAAUUGAAUACCAGGGUGACUCAGAGCUACAGCCCAUCCGAAGCUAUGAGAUUCCCAGCCUGGUCCGAGCACUCUUUAGGCUGUCAUCCACCAUCAACCACAGAUUUGCAGGCCAAAUGGUAGCUCUGUGUUCUCGAGAUGACUUCCUUGGCAGCUUUUGUCGCUACCACCUCACUGAGCCUGUGCUGGCCAACAGGCACCUCCUGAGCCCUGUGGGACGGAGGCAAGUGGCCAACCAUGCCCGAGGCCCCAGGCUCAGUCUACGUUUCUUGGGCAGCUACCGGACACUGCUCUCACUCCUGCUGGUUUUUUUUGUGGCCUCUUUAUUCUGCAUUGGGCCCCUGCCCUGCUCCCUGCUCCUUGUCCUAGGAUACCUCCUCUAUGCCAUGGCCAUGACACUCCUGACUGAGAGAGGGAAGCUGCACCAGCUCUGAUGAGCCAGCCACUGUCUCCAGAGCAGAUCAGUGUGAUUUGCCACACAGCCCCUUCCCUGGGCCUGAGGGGCCCUGGCAGGAUACUUCCAUUUUUCAGCUUCUAGGGGGUGUUUUCCUGCAGUGGGGGAGUAAUCCAGAAGAAAUAAAUGGGUAAAUCAUCCAGGCUUGGCAAGAAAGAGGGCUUAUGAACCACACAGUGUCCCAACCAGAGCUGACCAUGGACCCUUCCUUCCUUCAGUCCAAGGCCCCAGAAGCCACUGAGCUCCUUCUCAGAGUUUUUAUAACCAUUUUAGGAUUUUGUCAUGUAAUGCUUAGAGGCCAGUGUACCCAUCGCUGGCUCUAGGCCUGUCCUCUCUGGGGCUCUGACCCAGCUUUGACUUUUAAUCUCUGGCUGUCCUUGAAGUGGCAUAGUAAGUUGGAAUGUCUCUUCCUCAUGAGAUGCCAGCCUCCACUGCAGGGAAGAAUCAAAGUUUCUAAAAAAUUCUUGGAAAACUAGAUAAUGGCUCUCUGACUUAACUUUUAAAGCUAAAUUUUCUACUGUAUUUGGCAAAGCAUUCUUAAUGUUCUCCAGAUGGCUCAAGGCUGGACCAUAGAAUUCCACUUUUCAGUUCCAUGAAGACCCUCUCAGAGCACAGGUGCUUGUUAGGAGAGUGCUUCACCUUUGGCCCCCAAACCACUGAGCAUGUCACUGAAUGGGGCCCAGCUUCUGUGGUGCCAUAUCACACAUGGGUAUCACAGAUGGGCACUGGUCUUUAGUGGGCAAAAGGGUAUAGCAGAAUCCUGCUAGUUUCUCUCUGCAACCAAAGAGCCAAAAGCAUUGUUUGUAUCUUCAAUAAACCAAGUGCUCAAAACACAAUAACCUUUGAUAACACUGACAUAUUCAUAGUAUAGGACAAUUACACAUUCACUAUCAAUGAGAAAUCACCAGGGGUCUCACUUUCUUUCAUACUACAGAUAACAUAGUAUACAUACACCAGCAACAAUAGCAUCUCAGUGGUGACAAACCAAGCCUUUGUUUUUGGAGUAUGUGUGGUUUUUUGAAAAACAUUUCAAGUUGUAAAUAUUGGGCUUUGUAUUUUGCUGUAAAUCAAAUGUGUUUUGGGGCCCACGACCAAAAAAAAAAUCAAAGCAAAACUUGUAACUGACCAUAGAUCUGAAUAAACAGGUCCUUGCUUCUGA